GCGCGGUUCCCGGAGCGCCUCCCGGUGCCGCCCGCGGCGGGGCAUCCUCCCGGUGCGUCCCCAGGAGCGCACGGCCGAGCCAUCCCGGGCGCGCCGCCGCGGGCCGGCAGCAUGCCCCGCGGGCGAGCCUGGACGCAGGCGGAGGUCAGCCGCCUGCUGUCGCUGGUGUGGGGCUCGGGGGAGGCCGCGCUGCUCAUGGCCUCCACGUCGCGCCCCAACGAGGCGCUGUGGCGGGAGAUCUCCCGGGGGCUGGCGGCCGUCGGCUACGGGCGCACCGUGGCCCAGUGCCGCUCCAAGUGGAAGGCGCUCAAGCAGGCUUUCCACUCGGAGCGGGAGACGCGCCGCAGGGCAGGACAGCACUCGGCCCUGCUGCCCCCGCACUACAGAGCCAUGAAGAUCAUCUGGAAGGCGGCGGGGCGGCCCGUGUUUGGCGAACGGAGGAUGCAAGACGUGGCGCAGCUGCCCUCCAGAAGGCGCCGGCCGACCCUUGCCACACGUUCUCCAUCCUCACCAGAGCCACCAGAGCACGGCGUUGGCGGGGACGCCCCCAGCACGCUGCUAUCACCGAUGCUGCAGCGUGUCAAGGACGAGCCAGAGAGCCCCACUGGUGAGGAACACAUUGCUGGAGUGCCACCCACAGCCCCUGCCAUGCCACACACCGGUUGCUGCUUCUCUCCCGUCUCCCUCCUGGGCUGUCCCACUGACUUGAAGCAGGAAGGAAGUGAGGGAAAGGCCAGUUUUCCUGGUGAGACGUCCCUGGAGAUGGGAAGAGGAAACCCAGUGCUGCCGCUGGCUGCUGCAGCCACAGGCUCCCAUGGGACAGCAGCCACGAGUGAGCAGCCAGCAGCAGGUGAAGAUGCAUCAGACACAAGCCUGCAGGGGUCUAGCGUGGCAGGCUUGCUCCAGAAUGUCCAGCAGCAGCUGGUGCAGAUCCUGCAGACAUCACGGCAGCAGCAGGCACUACUGGAGAGCCUGGCCAGAGACACCAUCUCCCACCUCCACCUCCUCUCCCACAGCCUCGUGCAGGUGGGCGAGACCCUGCAGCUCCUGCUCCGGCCACAGACCCAUCCUGGCCCCCUUGGCCACUGUGUCCCCCACAUGCCCUUUUUUGAGGGUGGCUCCGGAGUGUUCUGCUCCCUCUGUGCUCCCCACACUUCCCCAGAUCACAAAGAGGAACCUUAGCUGUCCCCUGAUGCCAGGUGCAUCCCCCCCUGAGUGCCACCAUCACUGGCCCCAGGAGCAACAGUUUUGCUACAGAGCCAUGGCACAAAUCUUUAUAUCAGAGGUUCCAGAUAUUUUGAAAGUUUAUACUAGAGAAACAUUUAAUAAAAUUAAAAAUAGCUUU